UGGCGCUCCUGUGCCCCUCUAUCACGUCGGAGGGGUACGGUGUCUGUACAUGGGAGAUAGUCUCGUAACAGAUAUGACGGCUCCCGUGGGCAAGGCAGAGGCGUCGCGCGAUGGUUCGACAGACUCGAUCGGAUCGUCGCCUGAACCUGGCCUACUAGCCGAGACAUAUACGCAGGAAGAGCCCCAGCAGCAGAAGCGCAAAGGCGGCCGCAAACCUGUGAGCCCUCCCACCUGCCUGCCAUGAUGCCAGCGGCAUUUGCAGCGUCCAUUACCAUGUCACACGUAGCACUAACCAAGCGUCGUAAGAUAUACGCCACGUCGGAAGAGCGCAAGCAGCGGAAUAGGCAGGCGCAAGCAGCCUUCCGCGAGCGUCGCACAGAGUACAUCAAGCAAUUGGAGAGCACUAUCAAGCACCAUGAGGAGACGCUGCAGAACCUGCAAAACAGUCACCGCAAUGCCGCCGACGAAUGCCUUAUGCUCCGGUAUAAGAAUUCUCUACUGGAGAGGAUUCUGCUAGAGAAAGGCAUUGACGUCCAGGCUGAGCUGCGCGCAAAGACUGGCAGUCCCAACCUGGGGCCGACGAGAGCCCCAGCGUCUGCGCACGCGUCUCCCAAUCAAGCCCCCCUCCAGCAGCGUGCCAUGUUGAACCGACAGCAGCAGAGGCGGUCGCUGCAAGGACCGCCAAAAGCUGAAGGUACCAAUGGCUUGCCCAUGAUCCAGCCUGACGGGCCCAUUCAACGUUCACCCCUCUCGCAGCCCACUCCUGGCUCGCAUCUGUCCUCGCCCGCGCAGUCAGCGACGCGCUCGCCCAACUUUCUGCCCCAUGGCCAGUCAGUGUCGCCCAACUUUGGGCCAAUACCUCCACAACAGCAGCCAUUGCGCCCUCAACCGCCGAGAUCAAGCUUUGCUCCCAUGAUGGGUCCCCAAAGACCUUCGCUAAUCACAAAUCAACCUCCUGCGAAUGGCAUAUCGAGCGCGUCUACUGGCGGCAGCAGUGGCAGUGGCAUAACGCAAAGCAGUGGUCCAUCGUCAUUCUAUCAGACUCAUUUCACCGACCACAUGAGUCAACUAGAGCAGGAGUACGAGGAACAAGCCGACUCCUACGACCACGACGACCCGAGUGACCAGUCUGCGGGCCCCGGCCCAUUCCCGCCGCAAAACUUCCCGCCUUCGAACAACAUGCCGCCCCCAUUACCGCCCACACAAAACCCUCCCUUCACGAGCCCGGCUGCGCUGGCGCCAAACGAAGGAGGCCAUGUCUUCAAUGGCAUCAACAGCCAACUCUUCGACCCCUACGACCCCAUGCUCGAUGCAGACCCAUUCGGACUGUCUGCCAGUAUGCACUUUCCAACAAUGUACGAAUCUCGAUGAUUGAUAUGAGGAUAACGCAACGGGAAGAGACGGGUUCAUAAAAGACAAUUACGCUUCUGGAAUGCAGAAGGUUGUCCAUUCGGAAAUACCCUUGUAAUAUGGUU